AUUUCCUAAACACUGCACUUACCUCAUUUAGCUUCAGAGGCCGCGGCUCGGAAGAAGGUGCCUGAAUUACUGACACGGAGGACGAGACACCGCUUUGAUAUGAGCAGGGUGCUUUGACAUGGACGCAGAGAUGAUUCCAAAAUUUUCAUCAAAAGACGAAGAAGCUGAUUACUGGAAGUUGCAAGCCCUUAAAUAUAAGAAAAGUUUCCAGGAUGCACAAGAAGAACUGCAGGAGUUCCAGGAGGGGAGCCGGGAGCUGGAGGCUGAAUUAGAGGCACAGCUUAGCCAGGCUGAGCAUCGACUUCGAGAUUUACAAACUGAAAAUGAGAAAAUAAAGAACGAGGUGUCCAACCUCAAGGAGAAGCUGGAGCAGCAGUAUGCCCAGAGUUACAAACAGAUAUCUAUGUUGGAGGAUGACUUGACCCAGACCCGCAGCAUCAAGGAGCAGCUAUACAAAUAUGUGAGGGAACUUGAACAAGCCAAUGACGACUUGGAAAGAGCCAAGAGGGCAAUGAUAGUUUCUCUUGAGGACUUUGAGAGCCGUUUAAACCAGGCCAUUGAGAGAAAUGCCUUCCUGGAGAGUGAGCUAGAUGAGAAGGAGUCUCUCCUGGUUUCUGUGCAGAGACUGAAAGAUGAAGCACGAGAUCUGAGACAGGAGCUGGCGGUACGAGAGAGGAAUACCGACAGGAUGUCAGCACCCAGCUCACCUACUUUAGACAUCGACAAGAUGGACUCUGCMGUGCAGGCCUCUCUGUCCCUUCCUGCAACACCUGUAGGAAAGAGUUUAGAGCACUCCUUUGUUUCUCCAAAAGCAUUGACCAACGGCUGUGGAGGCUCUGCCCUCACUCCUUCUGCUAGAAUCUCAGCUCUGAAUAUAGUUGGAGACCUUCUGAGAAAAGUUGGGGCUUUGGAGUCCAAACUUGCUGCUUGUAGGAACUUGGCCAAAGACCAGGCAGCAAGAAAGAAUUACUCGAUUGACAAGGGCACACUUAUCAACGGCAACGCCACCAAGUUCUCCCACACUCUACACACCACUUACUUUGAGAAAUCCUCUGUUAAUGGACUGGACCCCAGCUCUCUGACCUCUAUGGCCUCAUCCAGAGUCAUAUCUCAUCCAGGAAUGCUGCCUUUAAGUGUGUGAGGAGUCCGCAGGCAACCUGAAACGCUGCUGAAACGUCCGUCUAUCCAAUAGAAGCGUGGCAACAGAGAGGACAUUUGGGCUGCGGCGCGUGUUUUGUGUGUGAGCAAGAGUGACAGAAAGUCUGACUYAAUGUUUACGUGUGUGGGAGUGCAUGUUUCGAGUUUGAUGGGGGGUGAGAGAGGCCUGACUUAACAAUGGACUUACCUCCAGCUCUCAGUGCGUCUGUGUGUGGGUGCACGGCCAGCUGUGCACGUGUUCCUAGCACUUCUUGCAUGUGCCUAAAGCUGUACUGUGCUUGUAUGACUGUUGUUACAAUGCAGUGSUCUUAGUCGGUCUCCUCCCGUGUUGACUGACUUAUUGAGGCAGUUCAUCCCAACACUAUAUUUUUUGACGAAAGGGCCUCAGCAGACCACAGCUUCAUUAUUUUUUUUUUAGUUUUCUUUGAAAUUGCACAGUUAAACUUCUUUUUUUUAGAAUGUAUAUUUAAAAAUGAGCGUGUUCAUAUUAACUAAUUUAUCUCUGUGUGCUUUAAAAUGCAAUAUCCUUAUUUGCUCUCCCACCCUUACAUGUGUGCAUGUUCACUGUGUGAUUGAGACUGAUGAGAUGUGAAUGUUGAUCGUUCAAAGCCAUGUAGCUGUUGUGCAGUCAUUUUUCUUGUUAGUGGCUAAAAUCAUCCUGAGGAAAUCUCAGCUGGUUGUCUCUUCUUCUCCUGACAAAAUUCUUCAGAUUCUUUUGAAGUGGGUUCUGUGGAGAGGUUAUAAACUAAAAUCUGUUGUAGGUGGCUCUUUAAAUGUCUCCAGUAAUCCUGCAUAGAUCCGUCAUCUCACAGCCAAUCCAAGUAAGGCUCAUAUUGAAGAGGUUUGCAGCCAUCCUAAAACAAUAAAGUGAUUCUGAACUAAAAGUAA